CAUCUCCCUUUCAUCAAGCAACAAACGAGCCGAGACAGAGUCUCUUGGCAGCUAAGCAAACAACGAAUGCGAUGAUGCCAAUAGUAAACUCUAUCCUCUUUGUGCUAGGAUUAGUGCUGACGACUAGUAGUGUUUCAAAUCGUUGUUUUGUGAGUGGCUUUGGAGGUUCCACGGCAAGAUCCAGACAACGGUUAGAUCCAAGGAGAGGCUCUUGCUUUCAACGGCAUGUUUUAUCAAGCGACUAUCUUGAAAACGACUUGUUGGCCAUCGCUUCCAAUAGCGAAGAUGAGGAUUCCAAACCACGGCUGUGCGUGGUGAAACCCGACGGUACAGUCUAUCCUCUGUGUCAAAGAGAAGACGAUGUUGAGACGGACAUGUUCGUAGACCCACGAGAAUAUUCCAACGAAUUCUGGGGAGAAGUUACAGAUGAACAAGUGACUGGUAGCUAUGGCGAAGGUUGGUAUGGACAGCGACCCGUACCUAGCUUGGGUGGUGGCCCAGGGUAUGGUGCCGAAGCCGAUGAAAUUUGGUCGAUUGAUGAAGAAUUGAUUGAGACCAUCCGGAACGACGGCGUCGACUUGCCAAUUUUGGAUAUGGGAAUUGCACAUGGAGAGAAGGCUCGGGCAGGAGCAUUUUGAACUUCCGUUUCAUGACAGAUGGAUGGAGAGUCAAAAUGAUGGUUGGAGAGUCAAUUGAUGGUUGGUUGAUGAACAGUCAAAUUCAAAUAGAUUCGAUUCGAUUCGAAUGAUUCUCCCCGACGGAUCCAACUCCCGAACCAUACUUCUCAACAGUGGCGGCCUUGCUUUGCUGCGUUCUUGCAGAACUACAACUUUUGAUUUACAUUAAAAUUUGGUGGCGCCUUACAACAAUAAGCUAAUCCCGCGUUGAAAGCCUCAGGGAAAGUAUACUGAGCAAUAACUCGUUGUGCUAUUACUUAAAGGUCCAAAAGGCGCAGGCGCCGAUUCGGUGGCGGGUGGCGAGAGAUUGAAUGAUUGAAUCUCAAUCAACCAACAAAUCGAAUGAAUUGGUUCGAGGUCGUGAUUUGAUUCUAUUCCUUUUCUGGUCCCUGCCUUUUGCAGCUUUCGGUGCCCUUUACGCGUGACUUCGGCUACUUGCGAUUUUGCCAUGCUAUGCCUGACCGAGAAUGCAAGGACUCUUGCCGUAAAAAGAGGUAUCCUUGAAGCACACCAGCAAGGUUUCCUAGACUAGAGAAUCGCGAAUAUUGUCUCAUGUACGAUCACAGUGAUGCACUCUAUGGGCUGUACAAUUGAGAAGUCCAUCAGUACCAAAGAGCCAAGAUGAAAGCCACAAUGGAGACGAAAACUCCACUCCAAGGCAUUGCUGCAGAUCCUCCGCCAGAACCCAGGAUACGCUCUGCGGUCUCUUUUCCAGACAGAGCUGCCCCAUGAGCAUAACCAUUGUCAUACUUUGCGUAACUGGCAGGAAUGGCUUCUCCAGCAAAGUAGAGCACGCCAUUGAUGGGUUUGCGAAGCCGGUCCAUCUGGCGCCAUGUAUUAUCAUAGUGACUAAGAGUUUCAUCAUCCCAUUGAGCGGAUUCCUCAGCCCAUUCUCCUGACACAAAAACACCCAGGACAUGCUCAGUUGUGGUAUUUUCACCAUAAACUUCAUUGUAGAAGUAAAGAUUAAUUGGAUCAAGUGCAGACUCAAAUAUAUCUGGAUAAAAGCCCUGUUCAAACUUGAGGAAGAUCUUGUAUCCACCAGGAAACGGAAUGCUGUCAAUCGCAUUGGUGUACUUGUUGGGAAGCUCUGGAAUGAAUUCAAUGUCACCAUCUUGCAGGAUUUGGAUCGGAGCUGUUACAAUAAUUUGAGAUCCUUCAAAGGAAGUACCAUCCUUGCAAGUGGCAGUGAUGGCCUUGGCGGGAUCCUCUCCAUCAGUGGUGCCUGAGUAAUCAAUGGUCACAAUGGGACAAUCAAAGACAAUAGAUUCUUUCACAGCUGGCACACUAAUGGUGUCAUUGAAGAAGUCAAACCAGGUAUAGUUUUGAAAGAGAUAGUCUGGGAUUUUUGCAUAAUCAAUGGAAUGGUCAGGUGCAAACCCUUCUGUCGGACCAUACCACACCAUAUGCUCUGCUACGUGAUGAAUAGUAUCAAUGGAAUCCAUAAUUCUGUCAUUCUGAGAAAUAUCUUCCAAUACUGUUGGUUGGACAUGGAUCCACUCGCCUCCCAGGUCAAUUGGGAAAGAGGCAAAGCCUUCUAGUUUCUUCAGGCGUCCGCCAAUGCGGUUACUGGCUUCCAAGAUGCGAAAAUCAGUAACAUUCUGAAGCAACAACGUAUAUGCAGCCGUCAAUCCUGCAGCUCCAGCUCCCACAAUUAAAAUUGUCAUGGUUUUUGAUUUGUUGUCUUUUGUCUCCUUUGUUUUGUGUGCCUUUCAUUUGUGGGAAGUGGACAGUGGGAAGGAGCGAUCAAAAGAAA